GGUGAGCGGCGUGGACGACAUGGUUCUACUGUCCAAGAUCAACGAAGACGCCAUCACCGAAAACCUGCGCAAGAGAUACAACGAUGACUACAUCUUUACCUACAUCGGUCCGGUUCUGAUCUCGGUGAACCCGUUCAAGCAGCUGCCGUAUUUCACGGACAGAGAAGUGGAGCUGUACCAGGGAGCGGCCCAGUACGAGAACCCUCCUCACAUCUUCGCUCUGGCCGACCUCAUGUUCAGGAACAUGAUGAUCGACUCCGAGAACCAGUGUGUGAUCAUCAGUGGGGAAAGUGGCGCGGGGAAAACGGUGGCGGCGAAGUUCAUCAUGAGUUACAUUUCCAAAGUUUCCGGAGGAGGAGCCAAGGUCCAGAGGGUCAAGGACAUCAUCCUGCAGUCGAAUCCUCUGCUCGAGGCUUUUGGAAACGCCAAGACCGUCCGGAACAACAACUCCAGCCGCUUCGGGAAGUAUGUGGAGAUCCAGUUCUGUGGGGGCGGGGCUCCAGACGGAGGAAAAAUCUCAAACUUUCUUCUGGAGAAAAGUCGAGUCGUUUCACAAAACGCAGGAGAAAGAAACUUCCACAUUUACUACUACUACCAGAUCCUGGAGGGGGCGAGCUCGGAGCAGAGGGAGAAUCUGGGCGUGACCACACCGGAUUAUUAUUUCUACCUCAACCAAUCAGGGACCUACACCGUGGACGACGUCAGCGACAAGAAGGACUUCGCCGAAACCAUGGAGGCCAUGGCGGUGGUGGGUUUGUCUGUGGAGGAGCAGGACUCGGUUCUUCAGAUCGUGGCUUCGAUUCUUCACCUCGGAAACAUCAGCUUCAGAGAAGAAAACAACUACGCCUCCAUCGAGAGUCAGGACUGA